AUGCCCCCCAUACGAACCAGAAGGCACCGUUGCCACACUUCGACGUCCCAGCCCCCCACCAGCGACAUAGUGGACCUCGAAAAGCAAAUACAGGCAGCAUGUGAGGCUACCAGCACCGGUGCAGCCAGGAACCUCAAGGCAGCGUGUCGCGAUCUGGGAAUCAUCAAACACCAUUACACUGCACUUAGGAGGUAUAAGGGAAAGGCUGUACCAUGUCGUGAGGCUCACAUCCAACAGCAGCACUUAAAUCAGGCGCAGGAGGAGGUUUUAUUGGAAUGGAUUCAGUUUCUAGGUAAUACAGGUCGUCCCCUCUGCAAACAAACCAUCGCCCCCUAUGUUUUCGACAUGUGCAACAAGUAUCCCUCUGAAAAGCCAUCAACCAUCGAUCCCAUGCUAGCUCAAGCUUUCAACCAACCUGUCGUCCAGGACUUUUUCAAGCAGUUUGAGGCAGUGAUUAAGGAACACAACAUACCUUGGGAGAACAUCUACAAUAUGGAUGAGAAGGGGAUUCAACUUGGAGGCGGUCAAAAUUCUAAUGGCCGCCGUUUUUUUUUCUCUCAUUUCGACCAUCAAAAUUACACAAUUCAUGGGGGUAGUCUGGAGUUGGUUACAGUAAUAGAGUGUGUCUCCGCUGUUGGCGCGAACAUACUCCCUGGCUUUAUUUUUGCAGGGACAAUCAUUGAUGCGGAGUCGUAUGAAGUUCACCCUGAAAUUUUUUUAACUACGUCAAUUAACGGAUGGACUAACGACUUUUUAUGCACAGAGUGGUUUAGAAAAUCAUUCAUUCCUCAAUCUCGUGCUCAAAACAAGUCCGGCAAGCCUACUCUUCUCGUCUACAAUGGUCAUGGAUCGCACCUGAUGACUACCAUGAUUGAUCUCGCUAUCGAGAAUCAAAUUCAUCUUCUCUGCCUCCCUCCGCACACUACUCACCGCUUACAGCCUCUUGAUGUUGGCGUUUUUGGUCCCCUGCAGAAAGCCUGGUAUCGGCGUGCAGAACCGUACACGGCCAAAUAUGGGACAUCCAUCGCUCGGCAACAUGUUGUGAAAGAGUACUGGGAGGCUCUUAAGAGUGCUUCCGUCACUAACACAAUUCUGCAGGCCUGGCGCAAAUGUGGCCUCUACCCCCCCAAUCUGAACGUCUUCACGGCCGCUGACUAUGCGCCAAGCGUCUCAACAUCGACCGUCAACCAUGCCCCUGCUUCAUACCCGGAAAACUUCCCUGAUGGUUGGAUUGAUGGCCCAUCAUCAGAUGACCCCGAUUAUGUUUCCGAUGAUGACGACAGAACAAUACUAUGUGAACCAACUAUUGUUGGCCGCAUUGACCGUUCUGAGCAUGACUCAGACGGUGCUAGCUCUGAGGGAACAGGGGAUCCUGAUGGGUCUGAAACCAGUCUUUCAGAUGGGGAGGUGGAACUUGACAAUGGCGGCGGCAACAGCAACAGCAACAACGGCAACAGCAGCAGCAACAACAACAGCAUCGGCCAGCCGUCUAGAGGUGUAAGGGCCUGGCUUCAAGUAAGCCAGGUCCUGGUCUCUCAGCAGCUGGAUCCCCACUCCAUUGCCCUCUCCUGCAAACUCGCGCUCAACCACCCCCGCCGCGAUGUCGAUCCACCUGCAGCCGACUCAGCUGCUGCUGAUGAUGUCGAAGAAGGCCCUUGUUGUGAGGAAUCAAUUUUUCUUAUCACAUUCCCGUCAUGUCAUGGUUAA